AUGAUUCGGCGACAAACACGCGAGCGGCGACAAUAUAUUUACGCCAAAUCCCUCGAGGCUCAAGAACGUCAAACGUAUGAGCGCAAACGGCAGCUCAAGGAUGCACUUGCAUCAGGAAAACAAAUACCCACCGAGCUCAAGAAUGACGCAAAGACACUAGGAAAAGACUUGGCGUUUGAUGAGGCACAAGAAGAGCCGUCAACGCACAUCGAUAGCGAAUACUCGCGGGCUGGUAUUCAAGACCCAAAAAUUAUUGUAACAACAUCAAGAGAUCCAAGUUCCAAGUUAUUGCAGUUCGCCAAAGAAAUGCGGCUCGUCUUUCCCAACUCGCAUCGAAUCAACCGAGGAAACUACGUUAUAAAAGAGCUGGCGGAUGCUUGUCGUGCUAACGACGUUACUGAUCUCAUCGUUCUCCACGAACAUCGUGGUGUUCCUGAUGCUAUGAUUGUCUCGCACUUCCCCCAUGGACCUACCGUCUACUUUACCCUGCACAACGUUGCCCUACGGCACGACAUAGGCUCAUACAAGUCCUCCACCGUCUCAGAGCAGUACCCACACCUCAUCUUCGAAGAGUUCACGUCCAAGCUCGGUUGCCGGGUGCGAGACGUGCUAAAAUUCCUGUUUCCUGUACCGAAAGAAGACAGCAAGCGUGUGAUGACGUUCUCUAAUGACGGAGACUUCAUUUCCUUCCGGCAUCAUGUUUUUGUAAAAGUAGUUCGGGAUGUCCAACUGGCGGAAGUUGGGCCGCGCUUUGAGAUGAAACCGUAUGAAAUACGGCAGGGCACUAUAGAACAGACAGAGGCAGAAAGAGAGUGGGUACUGGCACAUUACGCGAGAACGGCGAAGAAGCGCAGUCUGCUAUCGGGACCUGCAACACAUUCAACGGCAGAUUCAGACCGGACACCGAGCAAACGACAAAAGCGCUAG